AUGUCUGAAUGUCGUCUGGGAUCCAGUCCUUACGUUGCUCACUAUGCCCCAGUGCUAACUCCAUCUUUCUCCUUCAAAGGUUCAGUGGAGACCGUAGGCAAUAGAUUCAGGACAUGGGGAAAGUCCGUCGCAGAAGCUACAAAGAAGGCUGUGGAUAUCGCCGGAAACACUUGGCACCACUUGAAAACAAGCCCUAGUCUUUCUGAUGCUGCCAUGGGAAGAAUCACACGAGCAACAAAAGUACUAGCACAAGGUGGUCCCGAAAGUAUAUUCCGAUCGACCUUUGAGAUAGUUCCUGAGGAACAACUUCAAAAGUCAUAUGCCUGUUACUUAUCUACGUCGUCUGGUCCAGUAAUGGGAGUACUAUAUGUAUCUACUGCCAAGAUUGCUUAUUGCAGUGACAAUCUCGUUUUACACAAAUUUGAAAACCAAACUGAAUGUAGCUGUUUGAAGGUGGUUAUCCCAUUGCAUCAGCUUAAAGCAGUCAAUCCUUCGGUAAGCAGAUCCAAUCCUGGUGAGAAGUACAUACAGAUCAUCUCAAUUGAUGACCAUGAAUUUUGGAUUAUGGGGUUCCUGAAUUAUAAUGGUGCUGUUCAAUGCCUACAAGGAGCUCUACAUGCCGGGAGCAUAUCUCUGGGAUGGUGGCAGACCUCUUCGUUGAGCUCGUCGUAA